AUGAGCUCCUCCACCGUCGCAGACGCAUCCGUGCCCUCCUCCUCCACCACCCUCUAUGCCACCGCCUCGAAGGAGUGGCUCAUCCCUCCGAAGCCUAGGCCCGGUCGCAAACCGAAGAAAGACGUCGCGCCGCCCGUGGAACCCUCGGACGAGACAGACGCCAAGGGCCGACGCAACCAGAACCGCGCCGCCCAGCGCGCGUUCCGCGAGCGCAAGCAGUCCCAGCUCGCCGAGCUCCAGGCCCGCGUGCAGCAGUACGAGCAGGGCGACAUUGAGCGCAACGUCGCGCUCCAGAACAUCGCGAAACGGCUCAAGGAGGAAAACGAGAAGCUGCGCAAGGAGAACGCCCUUCUCAAGGAGAAGCUCGCCAGGUACGACGCCGACCGCGGUCCCGCCAAACGGCCACGCGACGACUGUUCCCCCCAACCCAUGUACGACUCGGUGCCUUCUCCCGCGAAGAAGCGCGCCCGGGCUUCGAUUGAUCCCCUCACCACCCUCGUCCACAGCCCAUAUCCGCCCGCGUCCUACGCCUCCUCUCCCUCCGCACUCUCCUCGGCCGAUUCAGAAGCCCACUCCAGCUUCUCACCGAUGCCGUCCGCGCGCGAUGCCCCGCUAUUCCCCCAGGCGUUCGGUCUCAGCAACAUCUUCGAGAUGGCCACCUCUGGCAAGACCAGCCUCUUCGAGCCCGGCGGUCCGCUCGACUCCUUCGACUGCGGCUUCUGCAACGAGAACACGCCUUGCGUCUGCCGCGAGCUCGCCCUCCAGCAGGUCGCCGAGCGCAUGUCCAACCAGUCCGCCAUGAAGCUCGAGCUCUCCGACCAUCCCAACUCCACCUCGUUAACCGCCUCGCCUAUUGCCGCCGCGCCACAACCCUCCAUCCUCGACAAUCUCCCAGCCUAUCAGCCCCCUAUUCCCCUCCGGCGCCGGGCCCCCAACCCAUCUUUCCAGCCCAUCUUCCCCAUCACCCUCCCUACCGCCGCACCUCCAGAGCCGGAGAUCCCAGGCUGCACCGGAGAUCCCUCCAACUGCCCGGCCUGCGCGGACGACGCGUUUGGGAAGGCGUUCUGCGACGCGAUCAGCAAGUCCGUCGCCGAGUCCUCGCCGUGCAAGGACUGCCCGUGCGCGUCCGAAAUGGGCGGAGGCAGCUGUUCGAAAGCGACAGGAGGCGCGUGCUGUGGGAACCCCGCCGGCUGCGCCCACACCGGCGGCGACCUCGCCUUCCACGCGGCGGUGGGCCCGGCCGCGCAACUCACCUCCUCAUUGCUCAUGUCCGAGCCGCUGUCGACACCGGAGACGGUCUCCUGCGACGCCGCCUGGCGCCAGAUCAAGUCCCACCCGAACGCGGCGUUCACGGACCUCGCCCUGCUCGCCGACGUCGUCGCCCGUCGCUCCAAGUGCACCGGUCCGCGCGUCGAGAUCAGCCCUGCCCCAGGAGCCAUCACUCCGGAGCGUGGGCUCGGUUCCCCGUACGCCGCGCAGCAGCAGCAGCAACUGCAGCUGCAGCUGCAGCACCAGCAUCAGCUGGACAGCCAGCCGAUCCUCCUGACCGACCCCCACGCGCACUACCACGAGCGGCAACGUUCGCGGGGCCACUCAGGCUCCGCUUCCCCGCCUCGACUGGUUCCCCGCGACGUCCUCGUCAAGUGCGGGCGGCAGCGUGUGCGAGAGGUCAUGGCGGACGGCGUCCGGGACGCCCUCCGCCUUCUCGAUGCUUCCUAUGGCACACCAUUAUGA